AUGUUCCGCCGAGCGCUCGCCACGCACGCAUGGCCGCAGCGGGCAGCGAUGAGCUCCAUGGGCCGCCACACGGGCCAGCGCGCGACGCUGGACCUCGAGAACGUCCAGUCGUAUGCGCUAUCGCGCUUCACGCAGGAGAGCUACUUUGCCGAGCUGCGCAAGCCCGUGCUCGAAGCGACGACCAUCAACCCCGAGACGUAUCAAUCCGCCGAGUACCAUGAGAAGGAGCUCGAGCGUCUUUUCGCCAAGGGGUGGCAGAUCGUGGGCUAUACCGAGAAGCUCAAGCAGCCGGGCGACACGAUCGUGGCCACGGCCGCGGGCCAGCCGAUCAUCGUCACACGUGCCAAGGACAAUGAGAUCCGCGGCUUCUACAACGUGUGUCGCCACCGCGGUGCGCAGCUCGUCGAGAAGAACGGCCGGUUCCCGGUCAUUAGCUGCCCAUACCAUCGCUGGGGCUAUGCGCUCGAUGGUCGGCUCCUCGCUACGCCUAUGUUCAAGGGCGACGGUGUUUCGAGCGAAGUCGACUUUGGCAACGAGAAGGAACCGACGCCUGCCGUCAAGGCAGCGUUCUCAACCGAGUGCGUCAAGAACUUCAACAAGAAAGACUACGGACUUUUGCCUGUCCGCAUUGCUACGUUUGGCCCGUUUGUGUACGCCAACGUGAGCGGUGACGCGCCGCCGCUCAAGGAGUACCUCGGGGACCUCCACGAAACGCUGGCCGAGUACCCGUUCAGCGACCUCGUCUCGUACAAGAGCAGCACGAUCCCGGUGCAGUGCAACUGGAAGCUCCUCGCCGAGAAUUUUAUGGAGUACUACCACCUUCCGGCCGUGCACCCGGAGCUCUGCGACGUGUCGCGCGUCGACGACCACCAUCGCGCGCAGGGCACGGGUUCGUACAUUGGCUUCGUCACGUCGCCCUUGACGAACGGCGGGACGCCGCUGGACUUGAACCUGCUGCCGCCGAUGCCUGGGCUCACCGGCGUCAACCAAGUGACUGCGUGGUUCCACCACUACUUUCCGAACGCGUUCUACUUUUUGCUGCCUCACGGCGUCUACUGCGUCGUGCUCGAGCCCACAGGGCCCAACACGACGACGGAGCACGCCGAACUGCUCGUGCAUCCCAACGUCUUUGACGCACCUGAUGCCGAGGCCAAGCUCCAGAAAAUGUGGGACUUUUACGACAUGACCAACAACCAAGACCUCUCGAUCUGCGAACGCGUCCAGGCCGGCAUCAAGGCCAAGCCCUACAAGGGCGGCCGCAUGACCUUCCGCUUCGAAGAGACAAUCCACCGGUUCCAGAACAUGGUCGCCGACUACAUGACGGGGAAGCCCAAGAUCCCGACUGGCGACGAGUCUCCACCGUACGCCUUCGAGCGCGACUUUGCCGCUGCCAAGAAGGACGAGGCGCGUUGCGCGUAAGCUCACUGUCAACGACGUCGGUUGGAUUU